AUGUACAAAGCAAUAUUUCUCUUCUGUGCAUCAGCACUUGUCCAGACCAUCACAGCCCAAUGCAUCGGCUACGCACCAUGCAGCGCUCCAAUAGCCGCACCAUGCGAGCCAUGGAACGUCCCAUUCUGCAACAGCUUCGGACCAGCGUCCCUCGCUGCUUCCAACGGAGCCGGCUUAGCCAUCACUAGCAGAUCACCCAUCGCCCCAACUGGUGUGUCCAUGACUUCGGAGAACGCGUAUGAAGGAGGCUUGGCGGUGACUGGUGCUAUACCAUUCCUGGGUGCUGUGGCUUUGGAGGGUGCUUUGCCAACUUGUGGUGGAGGUGCAGUCACUUACGCCUGUGGUAAUGGCAAUGUUGCUAUGGUCAGUGAAGAUAUUGCUUCAGCACCUUACUAUCCAGCAUAUGGGUACCCUGGAUACCCUGCCUGCGGUUGUGGUAAUGCUUGGUACUGA